CACAAAAAAAGUGCACCAGAUUGUUGUGUGCACCAGGUAUCAGGACUAUUUUGUUGGAGGGAGAAGGCCAACAUCAUGACGGGAAAAGAUGGAGUUGUGCUUUCAGACACUGAAAAUAAGCAGAAAACAGCGUCACAGAACAUCCUAAACCAGGGGGACUCCAAGCAUCAACCUCCGGACUGGAAAAUGGCCCCCAUCGUGCAACGGCGCACUGGCUUCGGCAUCCAGGAGCUGCUCGGCCUUAACAAGGAGCCUUCGGCGGCCACACCAAGACGACCGCUGGAAACUCUGCCGCACAGAGCGCACGUCCUGGCCGCCAGGUCGGCCCUCGGACACGCAGGGCUCGGAGUCGGCAUGGGUUUACUCUGCCCGGAGGGUAUACACCCGUUUUACAGUCAACCUGCUUUCCUGGAAGUUCUGUCAGAAGCGCAGAAUGUGCCCCUGCAGCCUCUGCGCACAGCGCCGCAGAUGGACCCCCAGAUGGAGGCGCAACACUCCGGCGGCAGCUCCGAUUCAGAUGAUUUAAGCUCUUCCGGUGAUCCGAAAUUCUCAACCUCAUCAAUGAGUCAGAGCAAGAAGAGAAAGAAAAGGAGACACAGAACCAUUUUCACAUCCUAUCAGCUGGAGGAGUUGGAGAAAGCGUUUAAUGAAGCUCACUAUCCAGAUGUUUACGCCAGAGAAAUGCUGUCCAUGAAAACUGAGCUGCCAGAGGACAGAAUACAGGUUUGGUUUCAGAACCGCAGAGCUAAGUGGAGAAAGAGGGAGAAGUGUUGGGGUCGCAGCAGUGUGAUGGCAGAGUACGGUCUGUAUGGCGCAAUGGUCCGUCACUCCAUCCCUCUGCCUGAGUCCAUCCUCAAGUCAGCAAAGGACGGCAUCUCGGACUCUUAUGCUCCAUGGUUACUGGGUAUGCACAAGAAGUCAGUUGAUCCUUCACAACCUUCCCCAGGAAAAACCAUGAGCAACAAGCCGCCAAUGCUGCCGCCUGCGCAGGAGAAAACAGGAGACAAAUUGGUGGAGGAACAUAAGGAGAAACUGAGUAAGGACACUAGUUUGUCCAUUUCUAAAGAGGAACUGAGGGAGAGCAGCAUUGCAGCACUGCGAGCAAAGGCACUGCAACACAGUGCAAUGAUGGGGACUGUUUCAGAUGGAGCAAACAGCCACACGACGCAAAGAGAGGAGACUGAGAAUGAGAAGAAGGCACAACAGGAGAAGAGCAACUGAAAAAAAAGGCUGCAGGACACAGAUUCAAGGUGAAAUACUACCAGAAAGAAACUUCCAACGGUUUGAUUGGUUGAAAUAAAUCCUGGAACUCGUAAUAACUCCUAGCCUCCGAAUUCCUGCUCUGCGCUGCUAAAGCUACCACUGUAAUAGUUGGUAUGAAAUCCUAGGAGCAUUACAAGCCUAAAGCAUUAUUUUCAGACGGUUGAAGUGUGAUGUACAAGUGUCCAAUGGUUCCAUGACAUGUAAUUAUUUGCCCCUUUAUAAAUGUGACUGUAGUUUAAAUAAAUGUUACUUAUAUUUAAAA